AUGAGUGGACGAGUAAGAUCAAGAUCUAGAGGAAGGGGAGAUGGUCAAGAGUCUUCCAAUACGGUUGAACCUGUGGCCCCAAAACUAGGUGGCAAAAAAUCUCAACAAAAGGAACCACCAACUGGGAAUGUGGAUAUUGAACCUGGACAAGAGAAAGAAGGAGGAACAUCUGUGGUUCAAGGUGCAAGCCAGGAAAUGGGUCUGGAAAAGACUGGGGGUGAGCACGGGAAUGACCCUGAUGUGAAGGGGAAGAUUCCACCUAAUCUAGUGCCUGCUAAAAUUCCAGAAGCAGGUGAUGGACAGUCAUAA